UCACUUAUACAUUUAUGGUUUCAUAUUGAAAUCUUCUGAAUUUAUGCCUAAAUAGUUAAAAGAAAAAAAGGGUGUGAAGAUCAUAAUUCAUAGUCUCUACAAAGCCGGCUUCCAUGCUUACACAAGCAUGAUUGUUGUGCCAGUUGCAGAGUGAGAUGAGAAGGGCAUGCCCCUCUGUUUUCUUUCAUGUAAACUUGUGUUUUUUUCAACUAUAAAUAGGGUUUCUCUGGUCUGCUUCUCUUCUAACACAAACAACCACAGCUUCUUCAUCUUCUUCUUCUUCGUAGAACUUGUGUAACCACCAGUCCAAGGAACAGAGAGAUGGAAAGGAUCAACUCAGAGCUUUACAUCGAGAACUGCUACAUAAUGCAGGAGAAUGAAAAGUUAAGGAAGAAAGCACAGCUUCUCAACAAAGAGAACCAAGCACUACUCUCCAAGCUUAAGCAGAAACUUGGCAGGACAAACAACACACAAAAUCCCGAUCAAUCCCCCGACCCCAAUGUUCCUAAAUUUAACCUCUGCACUAAGGCAUCCAACAACCCGACUUCCAGCAAGCCUCAAGGAGCUUAAAAAACAGGACAACAUCGCUUGAUCACACCUACAAACUCUGCCCUCUAGUUUCUUCAUGUGUUAUCAAUAGAAGUCAGUAUAUUAUAUGUUCCUACUAGCUAUUAUGUAGUUUCUGUAUGCUGGGAAAGGUUGUUAUCAAUGCAGUUCUAGUCGAAAAGAUUAUGAUAGUUGAAAUGAUAUAUCCUGCAAGUUCUUCCA